CUUCAUUCGAGGAAGAAUAACAAUGGAGACAUGUAGGUAUACCAGCAACCGUCUCUCGGACAAAUCAUGGACAAAAACCCUGGUAUAAUUAAGUGUAGUUAUAAAUGUACAAUAUAUAGGUAUUUCAGGUGUCUCGCGAGGCUGGGAUGAAUGAUAAUGAGAUCGAUAUUACGUCGCUGAUGCCUACAGGACCGUUUGGCUUAUUGGUCAUGGACAUUUAUGGAAAUGUAAGCCUUGUAUUAACGUAAUCCAGGUCAGUUCUUAAACUACAAUAAGAACACGUAUAUUUGAGGUUCUUCCGUAUUUGGUAUUCGCUUGCGAUACCUGCAUAUUCAUCAUCAUCAUCACUCCUCAUUUGCAUACUGUCUACUUUCGCUUCCUCAUAUGGGAGUUGAUCAACUUGAUCACUUUCUGUCACAACCAUGACCAACAGCGUCGACGAUCAAACGCCUGUUUCGCGAAAAGACGUGUUCUCUAAGUAUUUACAGUACUAUGACAAAGUUUGUUGCGAAGGCAAUCUGACAGUGUGCUCAGAGACUCAGGUGACAGAUGAAGCCGGACGCGUGCUGCUGUUAGCGGAGGAAGAGCCGCGGAAGAGACUCCACGCGCUGGACUUCUAUGAGACUCUCUUUAAGUGCGCGCAGUACAGAGACUGCCACAGACGAGUCCACGACUUCAAAAAAGCUGCCGAGUUACUAGAGAUGUUCUGCGUCAACCUGUUUUUGUUUCCGUGGAAGAAAGAGAUUAAAACCUUAAAGACAUUUACAGGACACUUUGUCUAUUACAUCAAGCCAGUAUUGCCUUUUGCCAGAAGUAUUCUCCAGAUUAUUGGAUACUGCAUGGAAACAGACACUGAGUAUAGACUGUCAGACAGUUUUGAUCCAGACAAGGCCAAGAGUAUGGGAUUCGACCUUUUCCUUGCCCGGUUAGAGUGUGAGUAUCUUCUGGAGCUCAUGAACCAGAGAUCACAUGUGGAAUGUCUGGAGAUCAUCCGAAUGAGAGCUGCUCCUCUGACCUUCAGCGCUGGAGAAGUAGUUUCAGAACCUAUCAAUGACAUCUGUAAUCUAAACGAGGAUGUUUUUAAGGAUGAUGGGCACAUUGAAGGUGGCUCUCUGGUAAACCCAGAGGAAGAGGAGCGACAGGAGUCACUUAAAAGUCAUAACCCUCAUGAUCAGGAAGUCGACAAGUCUCAAGAUGCUUCUAUCUCUGAUGUCGAAAGACCGUCCAACUCAUUUAUGACUGAUGACAAGUCUAUCUUAGAGAUGCAGGAGAACUACCCAGACCUGGCCAUCCGACAAAAGCCCAUUUUCCGAAAGUCUCAGAGAUCUAUGCAGCCUCUCAAGGCCCAGGAGUGGGCUGGAUCCAGGGGCCACAAUGCGGGCCUGUUCCACGAGGCCAGUGCUGACAUGAGUGGCCCCCAAUCUAUAGCCAUACAUGCUGAGACCAUGCCAAGCCAAAGAAAACUACACAUUGCAAAUGCACUUGUAGAAGCCCAGCCCUCAGAUGACAAACCAUUGGUUCUUCAAGUUGAGAAGCUGUUGCAAGGACACAGCCGUGAAGGCUCGACAGAAGACUGCCUGGCUGAGCUCACUGAGCAAAUGGAGAAAAUGCAGAUGAAGGAACUCAGUGCAGAUGAACCUCUUAAAUACCCCAUAGAGGAGACUGCACAGGCCCAGCCAUGCAGUGGACCCAAUGACGUCAUCACAGCUCCACCCACAAAAUCCCCAGAUGGCAUGAGCCUGCCCAUCCUGUGCAGCCCAUCCCAGGAGCCUGUCUGCAACAUCACAGGUUGUGGGAGCUGUGCUGGGUCUGAUGACGCUCUUGCACAAGACAACCUCAUUAGAGAGCCUCCUCAGUCAAUCUACAUCCAUAGUGCACUGAGUGUGUGUACCCCAGUGUUUGGACCACCUACUGACCACAGUCAGACUGCUAAUGAGUGCUCAAACGGACACAAGAGUCCCACAACUCAGCAACCAGAAGACGACCUAGUCCAAACAUACGUGGUGAUUUAGAAACACAAAGUAUUCCUGUUUCUUCCUUAUAUCCAUGGCAGAGAUUUUAAAGUGUUCUAGAAUGUGGCAGUGCUACAAAAAUGUCUUUGUGCUAAUCAUGAUGUGCAAAGCAUUUUCAUUUAUAGAGAUUUUCUUGUUAAUGAAGCCCUGAUUUCGGAUUUGGUUUGGUGUCUUAAGAGUUUAUGAAGGUGACAGUAAGAAUGUAUGUGCCCUUUGUCUUCUUAACUUCUAUCAUAGCUGUUUGAAUUGAAUGAAGGUUUCUUGCUGCUAUAACUUUCAUGAAUCUGCUUGGAUCAAAAUGAUUAUUAGAGCUUGAUUUUCUAGAUACUGUGCCUUAUGAAAUGUAGAGACAGAUAAAUGUGCACUUACUUGUCUUAAUGGAACAUUUGUUUCUGCUGGGAUGUCUAACCUUGUAUUAAUGGGGUAAUAUACAGUAAGUGUUACAAAACGGUGUUUGGGGCUUCAUUUAUAAAACAUACAUAUGCACAGAUUUGAUCUUAAAGAGGUAAAAUUCAUGCCAACGUUAAGUUUUUAAAAAAAAUGGUCUUUCACAUGGAAAGGUGCUUAGUGCCACGCCAGGUUCUAAGCAGGUGUACAAACAUUUUUUUUCUUAAAGCAGAAUUAAAGUAAAAUAUUCUUGUCACUGACCAUUCUCAAGUAAAGGAUUUAGACGUUGACUGGUGCACUUUAAUAUGCAAAUGACAUUAAUUAGGGGGCAUCUACAAGACAGAAAAACUAAAUUCAAGAUAAUUUGUGAAUUGUGUGAAUCGCACGUACGCACAUUUGAGAAAUAAUCUUAGAUCAAACGUAGGUUUCUACACAAAAUUUUAUAAAUGAGGCCCCUGGGGCAUCUAUAUUAUACUACCUGUUAUUUAAAGUAAUAAGGUGCAAACAAUUGUUGUAUUUAUUGUGCCAUACUACUGAGGCUACAGUGCAGCACAUCAUUACAAUGUAAUAAAAUCAAUAUUUUCAAAUCAUUUUUUCAGUUUAUUUAAAACAAUGCCUUAUGCAGUAGAAAUUACAUUGGUCACAGUAACACCUUCAGUAACAAAAACUGACUGCAGUACCUGUAUUUGAUAGUGACACUGUCUGCAAGUGGGAGGAUGAACAACUCGUGAAAAUAAAAGAAUCUUUAAGACUAUAACUUCACUAUAAAAUGCAAGACUAAAUCACAUACAGUAUAUUUGCACGGUCUGGAAUUGGCAUUCUGAAUUUAAAAUGUCCGCAGACAUUUAAAAAAUAAAAAUAAAAAAUGGAAAUGUUUCCAAGUGCAGUAGUUUUAGAUAAUAUGGAAUGAUUCCAUAAACAAGACUGAAAAUAAAAAGACUAUGUCUCUUGUUAAGUGCUUAAACAAGUUUACAAUGACUGCAAAUACAAAUACAAAAUAAUAAU